UGGGGACUUUGGCGCUUUCCAAGUUCAAAGACAUGCGCACAUUCUUAUAAACAUACCUUCACGUGCUAAUGUCUCCGGACUUGCCUCAUGACAUCGUCAUGUUCAGUGAAACAGCGCGACUAAGCCUCUUCGAAGCCGCUUCUAUCUCCAUCUGUGCGAGCACGUACGUCGUCUGGAUCUACGUCGAUCACAUGCGCGACAACUUGAUAGUGAAACCAGGCGACCAACGCAAUAGACAGCCUUGUGUUUCUCCAUCAGAGUCUGUUUGUAAAAUGUUUCUGUUCAUAUUGUGUGUGGUGAAGCGAUAGUUGGAAGCACGAGUUAGAGAAUGGACGAUAGGGCGGUCUCCUUGAAAGAAAGGCGGUGACGUGUUGUCUUCUAUCAUAGUUAUCUUUGUGCUUCCGUCUGUCUUUAGAUGCUAGGAGAUAAAGCAGGUACUUGCUUUCGACCAACGUAUGUUGCAGCACAUCGCAAUCGACUAGAGGAGAUAUAUGACAGUGAAGAUCACGGGAAUUGCUGGAUCUUGGUUCGUCAAUGUAAGAAUGGUGCGGGAAGUGCAUUGUCAACAUGCAAAGUACUGACGGCCUCAUUAGGUUUGUGUCUGCAUGAGUUAAAAGAACACCUUGGCAUCGUACGUUGCCUCCAUUUGACACGCACACGACUGGUAACUGGAGGUGACGUGAGGAAAUUAAUCAUCUGGGACACAGAGCGUGGAGAGAUGUGCAACAUCAUUCAUCGUAAUCCAACAUCACUGCAUCAGAUGUGGGUAGACGAUACACGACUGAUAACUGCCUCUCCUGAUGCUCCUGGAACCAUCACAAUCAUCAACUUCUGGUGACAGUGUCAACACACCCAGCUCCACAAGAGAGUUGUAAUUGUAGAGGAAAUUCUAUUUUUGCAUGUUGUUGACGAUGUUUGUGUUUAUGGUGUUAGUUUGUUGUUCAAUUCUAAAUGCUGUUAGUAUCGUUGACGGUUCUCUCAUAUUUUUACAUGGCUUUAGUAUUUUUACGUGUUUUUAGUAUGAAACUAUGUUUUUGUUUAUAGUACAGCACUUGCCUGAUGGAUUGUGUGUGUGUGUGUG